GUUGAGAAGGCUGCCACCAGGAUUAUAUUUACAGGCGCCAUAUUGAUUUUUAUAAUGUUUGGAUAGGUGUGGUUGGGGAUGGAGGUUGUUCAGAGAAAAUUAGGAAAAUGGAAUGACUUUUAAAGUCAAAGCACCCUAUCCAACCCUUCCAUAUGAUGCUUUGGAGUGACCCAGUCCAUGGAGAGGGAGCCAGAAUGACGUAAGACAUUCAUGAAGAAGCCACCAGACUGAGAGCGUGAGGAGGGCCCAGCCUCGGGAGUUUUGUGUUGUGGGUGGUUGAGGGCGGGAUAUGAGCACGUGGACUGAGAGAAUGCAACGACGAGCCGCCACCCUAGGCAAUGUGGUCACCUCCUGUGGCCAUCCUAAUGUCCCCUACCCUCGUAGGCUCGAGAAGUUCUCAGGAAUCAUUUGACCUUAAUAUGAAGCGUGGUGAGUGAUUACAUGGCUGUCAGAGAACAUUGCUAAGGAAUAUCACCCAGGAAUAUGGCUUAGAGAGUACAUGUGGUCGACAUAAUACAGCGAUGAAUUACCCAUGGAUAAAAUGGUGAAACAGAACACAAGUAGAGUGAAUCCAUUUAUUUUUUACAAGAGGAAUUAAGAGGAAUCAGCAGAAGUGUGUGUUUGAGUGUCUUUCCCGGAUGAAGAUGAUGCUACAACGAGGGGGAGGUGGAGGGGAUCUGUGGUGCCCCUCCUCAGACCCACCUAUACCAUGCUCACCAUGCACUCAUCCCUACCCCCCAUACUGGACAAUUGGCAGGGUAAAGUUUGGUGUAUCGCUGGAGCAGGUGUGCAAGAAUGACAUUCCCGGGCCUUUGUUGGUGCUCAUCCUCAAGCUAAAUAAAGAGGGACCCACCAAGAAGGACGUCUUUCGUGCCCCAGGUCAUCAGGGAUCCAUGAAAAAAUUGAUACACUUCUUACAGAAUGGACGCCUUGUCAAUAUUGACAACUUCUCAGUAUACACAAUUGCGUCCGUCCUAAAGAAGUUUCUUCGAAAACUACCGGAGGGUAUCUUUGGGCGUGAGGGUGAGCAAGAGCUAUUUUCCAUCAUUCAGCUUACAGACACAGAGCAGCAGCGCGACCACAUCCAUCGCCUCAUCACAUCUAUGCCAGCUGUCACACAACACCUACUUGUUUUGCUCUUUGGCACCUUCAGAGUGAUAGCCAUGAAUGCAAGUAGAGCGCAGACAGGGAUGACUUCAGAGGCCUUAGGUGUGUCGGUUGCGCCCUCCUUUUUCCAGUCAUGCGUGGCAGAUGGCAAGACGGCACGCAUGGAAGAUGUUAUCCGCUUUAAGGCAGAGGUUGAUGUGGCUACCCAGAUUAUGCAGUUCCUCAUCGACAAUUUUGGUGUGAGCAACCUGUUUGGGCGGGCUAACUAUGAAUACUAUGCCCGGAUCACUGGCCGGAUUCUGAAAGUUGAGGAGGACUGGAUAUUUGCCUUCAGAUAUCCACCAGAUAGCUUAGUGGCACGCCAGCUCUCACUUGAAGCAGAAAAAACUUGGCUUCAGUAUGAAUCGGAGCGCUGGGGUCUCAAGUUCAACCUAGAAGCCAUGGCCGGUCAGGAAGAAUCACAGUCCACCCCAGCAUUGAUUCACAUCCCGGAAAGCAGCAGUGGUAUGACCUUCCUUGGAGGAGUAAACAGUGAGAUGGGGGCCGUAGGCGGAAGUGGAGGCCCAGUGGGUGGUGUACCGGAAAACAACUUGCGUGAAUCUUGCACACGCCUUUCUAUCUCAUUGGAGGAAAAUGGCUUGUAUAAGGGUAAUGGGCAGGACAGCAGCAGUGGCAGCUCACACUCAGCCCUUCGUAUGACCUUGGAUGAGCUACGACAAGUCAACCGCUACGCUGAAAGUACCAAGAGUCUCUCCUACCUGCCCCAGGUACAUGAAAGACAGACAGGCCGGAUGAGGACGCGCAGUGAGUGGUUCUUAUCCCAUUCCCCACAUGCGUCGCCCUUAACACCAGUUGAUGUUGAAUGCCAGCCUCAUGCUGUUUAUAUACUACGCUCAGGAUCCAUCAACAGACCCCCUUCAGGUGGAGGAAGUAGUGAAAAUGUAGGAAGCUCAGUUCGUCGUUCAUCUAGUAAGGAUAAAGAUCGCAAAUUAGUUAGACGCUCUUCAAGUAAAAAGGACAAAGAAAAUGGACAGAAAGGAUCAAGGGGAAGGUCAUCGAGUGCAGAUGUAAAGACACCUCCACAUGCUGGAGAUUAUAUGUCUAGCCCUCGUCGGAGAGCAACCCCCCCAGUACCUGACCCCUCCCCUGCCCUCACUGAUCAUGACUGUACAGAAACAGACGUCCAAAGAGUACACGUUUCCCUUACCUAUAAGCCCAGAAUAUGAGACCAAACCAAAACUGGGAUGAAGAAAGGGUUUAUUAGAUAAGUAUUACAGUAUAUCCAUCAGGUUGUUCAGAUUUCACCAAACAAGAAGAGUUUGAGUUCCCUGCGAUAUGGCGGACAUUGGUUUUUACCUACUUGACACAAGCCAUAGGCACUGCCAUGAUACCAUCACCUUCUGGAGAGAACAAGGAGGCAUCUGCUGCUUUUCUACAUUUGCACUGUUAAAGACUCAAGAUUAGGGGGCAGUUUUCAGAAAUCUUUUUUGAGAUUGUAGGACCUCACAAAUUUAUCCAUCAUAAAAUGAAGUACGUAGUAAAAAAGAAAAAAGAAUUUUGUUGAACCAAGGAUCAAAAAUAUAUGAUAAACGUCCUUCAUCUAGUAUUGUUGUCAGUUUGUGAGUCAAGCCCACAUUGCCCUCCUACUGCCACAGGACUUGUGUAGCAUUAAGUUUUUGAUGACCAAGGCUCUUGAGUUAAGGUGUUGGUGUGUGUCCAAAAGUACAAAUGAGCUUGAGGUUCCCAGGUCAUGACAUGGACUGGUUGUGAUACAGAGAAACACAUUGUUGGAUCUUGCUAGUCAUGCCACCGCCAAAGAGUUUGUAGGACAAAUUGCAGUGGUUCCAGUCCUGCUUCGAUAGCAUCUACCAUUCACAAAAUAAUAUUCAAGUACAAGUGACCAAGGCUUUAACUGCUGGUACCACCUUUCAAAUGUGAUUCGGCUGUCUCAUGUUACAGCAAGUCCACGAGCAGACAUGACCUUAGCCAACAGAAUGACGUGCCUGGCUGUUGUAUUGUUCUUCUAACUUGAGUCCUCAGGAAAGGAUUCAGUAUGUGUACCUGUCUAAUUACUUCUUGCUUCUCAAUGUGCGGGCAUCCACUGGGAAGCAGCACAUUCCAUUGUACAUGCCACAAAAUUAGGACCUCUUGUCUGCAUGCUAACAGGCAUGUAUAGCCUGCUACAAGACAAAGAAUGCCAUAUAAAUGACGAAGAAUAGGAAGAGCAUAAGUUGAUUAGAACUGUCCAUUUCCUACACAUUAUUGACUGAGUCAGUGUAUGCAAACAUUCCGUCUGAAUCUGGAGAUUUAGGUAGAGGAUUUGUUUCCUGUGCAUAUAAACUGUGAAUCCAAGAUUUACCACCUCCUCUGCACAUAUCCAGUCUCUACCAAUAUGUGCUCAUUUAGGUAUUCAUUUAUAAAUACCAAUCUGUGUAAGGACUUAGGAGUAUGUGGGCAAAUUUUCUCAAUUUCUUUAUGAGGUUAAUUUGUACAUUGUAAUCCAAGAUAUCCUAAAAUAUGUUAUGAAGAGAUGUACAGCAACCAGUUUGAAAGCAGCAGCACCUCCAAGGGCUAUGUAGCGGAGGUGGUGGUGAAAAGUGGUGUUUGUGUCAUGAUCCAGUGGAGGGACCCUAGAUAUUAAGGCUCAAGAGAUGCUCUACCUGGCCUGCCACAUCUCUCAAGGCAGGAUGUCUUGAUGUGCACAUUUUUUUAUUGGAAUAAAAAAAAUUAUCAGCUGUCCACCCCAGUUUCUGAUGUGAGCCUCCUCACUGCCAGCAUGGUGAAUGUGUAUGGUCUUUAAUAUUUCAGAAACAUUUUUAGCAUUGGAAUUGUAUAGAGGAGUGAUCAUCUUGAUAAACACUGCCAUUAGCAACACCCCAGGGACAAGAAACGUCAUUUAGUGAAUGUAGGAUGACCAUAGUACGGAUUGAUAAUUUAUACUGCCCUGAAAUUUUUUAUGGCUGGCAGGCCAUGUAAAAAGAAAAAAUAAAUAAAUAUAUAUAUAUAUAUAUAUAUAUAUAUAUAUAUAUAUAUAUAUAUAUAUAUAUAUAUAAAUAAAUAUAUAUAUAUAUAUAUAUAUAUAAAAUAAAUAAAUAAACACAGGGCAAGUAGAGUAUAAAGCCAAACGUCUAAGGUGUCAGCAGCAACAACAGCAGCCGGUCACCUCACACAAGUGACAUCCAUGUGUUCCUACCUCUUCCUUUGCUGCUGGGACACUAUGACCAUUGGCAAAUGUAUUCCAUGUUAAUGGUUUUACUCUGUCUGCAGUCUUGUGUAUGCUUUUGUAUUGCUAUCAGUAUUUCUACAUCCCAUGAUGGGGAUACUACUUAAUGAAUUUCAACUGAUCAAAAUUGAAACAUUGGCCAAAACCUUUUAAAAAGUCAAUCUGAAGAUAACUACAAAGUGGGUGGGAAUUAACACAAAGUUCAUGGUAUUAAAUUUAUAUACAAUAUAUCUUUUUCAAUCUCUGGUCUCCUAACCUGUGAUUUCAGUCGUACACACUUUUAACAUGUUGCAUGUUUAUCAACACUGUAUUAGUAGUAAGCUUAUUUGUAGGAUUUUGUAUGUGGAUAUGUAAUAGACAUAUGAGGAUAGGUCGUCCUAAAGGAUGGUGCCAUGUCUUUAGGGUUGCAGCCAGUUGUAAUUUGUAAUGCUUAAAGAUUUUUGCAUGCAUAAAUCGAUUGUAUAUAAGAACUAUCACGGUAUUGUCAUGUUUAAUUUUCUUUAGUGUUGCAUUUACUACUGGAACUCAAAGAUUGUACUUGGUUAUCAAUGGAAGCAUAUCUCUACUGCCCCCUCUAGUCAUGGCUUUGGACUGCUAAUUGGGGGUCCUUCAUUAUGGGCUCAGGGAGGUCUCAAACUUAGCUUUGUCCACCUUUGACCUUUGGAGAUACCUUAUUCUCACAUUAAUUUUAACAUAUCCUCGCUCCCACCAUUUUGUAUCUUGUACUCAUAGUUUUGCAUUUUUAACUGUAUGUACACUUGAUUCUGUAAUGAAUAUGCUUUUUUAAAUUAUUGGUGACCUUGAAUAAAUGAAAAGUUUCGAA